AUGCGGCAACGCCUCGCUGCGCCGCCUGGAACCCCCCCCCCCCCCUUCCUGUCCCGCCCGACUGCUACGCCAUGCCGCCCCGCCCAGCAUAGCUCCGUCCGUCCGCGCCAAGCCGCCAACGCUGGCUCCUCAGUCCUCAAGGCGGAGGUGGACGCAGACACGGAUGCCAGAGGCGGUUGGUGCUGCAAAGGAGAGGCAAACGCGCUGCCCAGGAACAAGAUGGCGCUCUACGAACAAUCGGCAUCCCCUCCCACCGCCACAACACCGCUGUACCAACCACGCCCUCCACUCUGGCUCCCCCAUGGCAUGCGCAUCCAAUCCACAUCUGCGAGUCAGUCAAGAAAAGCUCACCCUAUUCCCUACCAAAAGUCUAUGAUUCUUGGGGUCAUAACUCAACUAAGCCAUGUUAACUCACCUAUCAUGGCGGUGCUAUGCAUGGCUUGUAGCCAGACAACUGACGAUGCAUUCUCGGACAAGAAAGGAUCUAGGAUUCAGUCCGAACUGAGAGUUUUGAAGAUCAGCAGCUGUGUUCGGCUCAUAGUUGCAGGGGUCAGCAGAGUGAUUGAAUACUUCAAGGCUCUUGAGUACCUGGAUGUUCUGUCAUGUCCAUAG